GGCUCAGGAAGGCCAGCAGUCAAGGUCCAGCCCCUAGAAGAGAGAAUAGCUACAGAUUCUCCAUCCUCGGUCUUUGCAAGGGGACGGCUGUGCCAGCCAGGCUCGGGCAGGCUCCUGGCAGCAUGGCAGUGAAGCUCAGGGCCCUCCUGCUGGUCCUCGCGCUCAGCCUGGCACAGCCAGCCUCAGCCCACCGGAAGCUCCUGGUGUUUCUGCUGGAUGGUUUUCGCUCGGACUACAUCAGUGAUGAGGCCCUGGAGUCCUUGCCUGGUUUCAAAGAGAUUGUGAGCAGGGGAGUAAAAGUGGAUUACUUGACCCCAGACUUUCCCAGUCUCUCUUAUCCCAAUUACUACACUCUAAUGACUGGUCGCCAUUGUGAGGUCCAUCAGAUGAUCGGGAACUACAUGUGGGACCCCAUCACCAACAAGUCAUUUGACAUUGGUGUCAACAGAGACAGCCUGAUGCCUCUCUGGUGGAAUGGAUCAGAACCUCUGUGGAUCACUCUGACCAAAGCCAAAAGGAAGGUCUACAUGUACUACUGGCCAGGCUGUGAGGUUGAGAUUCUUGGUGUCAGACCUACUUACUGCCUAGAAUAUAAAAACGUGCCAACGGAUAUCAAUUUUGCCAAUGCAGUCAGCGAUGCCCUUGACUCCUUCAAGAGUGGCCGGGCUGACCUGGCAGCCAUAUACCACGAGCGCCUGGAUGUGGAAGGCCACCACUACGGCCCCUCAUCACCUCAAAGAAAAGAUGCCCUCAAGGCAGUGGACACCGUCCUGAAGUACAUGACCAAGUGGAUCCAGGAGCGGGAGCUGCAGGACGACCUCAAUGUCAUCAUCUUCUCAGAUCACGGGAUGACAGACAUUUUCUGGAUGGACAAAGUGAUUGAGCUGAAUAACUACAUCAGCCUGAAUGACCUGCAGCAAGCGAAAGACCGAGGGCCUGUUGUGAGCCUCUGGCCAGCCCCUGGGAAACACUCCGAGAUAUAUAACAAAUUGAAGACAGUGGAACACAUGACUGUCUACGAGAAAGAAGCCAUACCGAGCAGGUUCUACUACAAGAAAGGGAAAUUUGUCUCUCCUUUGACCUUAGUGGCCGAUGAAGGAUGGUUCAUAACUGAGAAUCGAGAGAUGCUUCCAUUUUGGAUGAACAGCACUGGCAAGAGGGAAGGCUGGCAGCAUGGAUGGCAUGGAUAUGACAAUGAACUCAUGGACAUGAGGGGCGUCUUCCUGGCCUUUGGACCUGAUUUCAAAUCCAACUUCAGAGCUGCUCCAAUCAGAUCCGUGGACGUCUACAAUGUCAUGUGCAAUGUGACAGGCAUCACGCCCCUGCCCAACAACGGGUCCUGGUCCAGGGUGAUGUGCAUGCUGAGGGGCCAGGCCGGCUCGGCUCCGUCCGUCCUGCCGAGCGGCUGUGCACUGGCCUUGGUCCUCCUCUUGCUGUUUGCAUAGCUGCUCCUGCUGUUGUCCCAGAACAUCCGGGAUGUGUGCCGCCAUGGCGGAAUGGUUUUCAUUUGCGAUAUGAAUAAUAGCUUCAUUAACACAAUCAAGGCCAUAAAAAUUGUAAAUAUCUUAUCUUGGAUGAUUCUAUACAUAAAAGUCCUAUUUCUUAAAAAAAAAGAGAGACCCAAACUUUGUUUUUUCUGGAGGUAAGAAAAAUUCUAGCUUUUCAUUUGUUCAACUGUAUGUCAUUUUCUCCUUUCUUUUCACGUAGUUACUCAGGUGACCUGUCCGAGCAGGGGCCUGCCCCUGCAGCAAACAGACUUUGAGCAGCUAUUGCACAGUAGCCCUGGGCCCCUCUCUGUCCCGUCUUGCACAAAGCAGGCCCUUGUCUACACCCAGGAGCAACCGUCAGGGUCUAUGGCCACAAUCCUGCACUGCUCCUUCCAUCCCAGAAAAAGGAGGUCCACAUGAAAGCAAUAGCUGCCCUCUGUUUCUGACCCAGCUCAUGGAGUUUUUUCAUUGUCUACAGAGUCCCAGAAGGGUGUAUCUUAGCUUGGACCACCAAUCAGUCAAAAUCACUAAGGACUGGAGAACUCACAGGACAAGGUGAAAGACAGGAGUUCCCUCCCAAAGUCUCGAGUGCACAAAAAUUUCUCCCUUGCUUGAGGACCAGAAAAGCUUACAACAGAUACAAGCUUCUCUGAGACUUAUCACAGUGUAUCACAGUAUAAGCCUUGCACGUGGCAGGGCCUGCGUGUUGUGGAUGGAUGGAUGGCUUGCGUGCCUGCCUGUCUAUCUGUGUGGAGACUUCCUCAGAGACCGCCACUCUUUGGUCCCAUACAGAGCAAUACCUGACAUAUCAUUACAGACUGGGAGAGGGAUGUCUUGCUAAUGAGAGUGUAGACAUACUUGCAGAAAUCUCAGUUCAUUGCUGGGAAUGGUGAUGCAUUAAGCAUAAGUUUUAUGCACCAGUGUCCUGGAGCAAUGCUUAUUUAACAAUAACAGCCAAAUGAAUCAUCGAGACCCAAAAUUCCAAGGAAAAUGGUGAGAGAGAGGGGGAUGGGGAAUAGAGAGAACAUGAUGGAGCUGAAUCCCAGUCACUAAACAACUAGUCAUUUGAUUAGGACACAGUUUGGUCAAAGCGCCACCUCAGAGACCUCUGUUCUUUAGAACCUCUGAGAAGAGCCAUUGAGCCUGAGUUGAAAUGUUUGUAGUUUAGUCAUCUAAGUUUGCUGUAGGACAUCUUGUAAAACAAGGGAUAACUGGAUUUUAAAUGAUGAUAUGUAUGGAUAUGGUACGUGUAUAUACCAUAUCACUGCAUUGCAUUAAAAAUGAGUUUGCUCUCCAUGAGGCACAUCUGCAAAUGAGAGUUUUUGUCAGGAAAAGACAGCACAUCAGGUCUCCUCAGGACAAUGAAGCCCUUAUGCAUUUACCUUGAACAAUGAAUAUCAGCGCUCGUCCUGGCUCAAGAAGGCCGGGAGCAGUCUCUGUGCCUUCAGUCAUGAGAGCAAAGGACCACUGCUUAAAAACAUUGAAUUUCUCUUCAGAAAAGAUGUCUCAGGAUUUAUGUAAUGUGUUUUUAAAGUGCCAGCAAACCAUCAAAUCAAUUGGGAAGAAGGCAAAUCAGCCUUUGUUCUCUGGCUGAAAGCAAAUUAGUGCCUUCAGAACACUGGCGGGGUCACUGAAACAGCCAUCUAUUGUUCAAGGGCUCCUUUCUCCUUGAAGGACAGGUUCUAAUGAGUUCAGUGGAGCCCACCUUCCUCCCUUGUGAAGAAGGAUCACUAAAAGAUAUCCAAGGGAUUAAAUUAAAGUGGGUCAUCAAAAUCAAGCAGGGUACAAACAUACAAACAUGUACACAGUCCUGCAUGUGUCUUUCCUGUUCUGAUCUACCAUUUUUUCCCUCACAUAUCCUUAAAAAAAUCUUCAAGUUACAUAAUAAAAUUUCAGAUAUUUGUCUGACAAAGUGUAGUUAAUAAAUAAUCUUGAAUAGAUGAACGAGAAUAAGACACUUUUGGAAUCAUGAAUAUUAAUAAAUAACAAAGAAACUUCAGACAUUG